UGAUUUAUUGACCAGAUCUUUAUUGAAGACACACAGUGUGCAAGGCACUGUUCUAACACUGGAAAUACAUUGGUGAACAAAGCCCUUGCUCCUCCAUUACACUCAGAAGCUUACAUUCCAGAAUAGGAAAACAGACAUUGAAACAAGUAAAAUUCAUGGACAGGACAAGCAGAUGGUGUAAGUGCUAUGAAGAAAACAGAGGCCGGGCGUGGUGGCUCACACCUGUAAUCCCAGCAUUUUGGGAGGGCAAGGUGGGCGGAUCCUUUGAGCCUAGGAGUUCCAGACUAGCCUUGGCAAUACAGUGAAACCUCAGCUUUAAAAAAAAAAAAAAAACAGACUGACGGGAUAGUACAGGGAAAGCCUCUCUGAGGAGGUGACAUCUCUCCUGAGACCCAAGCAUAAUGGGCUAGCCAAAGGGUGGUCUGGAAGUAGAGUGCUUCAAGCAGGGAAAAUAGCAAGAGCAGAGCCAGGCAAGUUCAAAGAACAGAAAUGAUGCAACCCUCUUAAAUCCUAAGCUUCUAGAAUAGUAAUGCAUUGCUUGCAUUGUUCCGGUUAGGGAUUUGUAUGUGAUAUUGUUUCUUGGUGAUGUGGGAUAUGUGCUUCUUAAUGGAAGUGGCUGGGAAGUGUGGAGUCUUUCUGGAGCCUGGGAUAUGGCUCUUUCUCACUUGCUUUCCACAGUUCUGGUAGCUCAGCUGGCUCCCUGGGUAGAUGCAGGCUCCAUCUUAGCUGCAGACUCUACAAGAACACUGAGAGGCUGCCUCCGUCACUACUCAAAGCCUUGGAGCCCCCAGAAUCCCCUCCUAUCCCACCUAGCCUUCUUCCAAUCUGAAACCAGGGAGUCAGGGCUUUGAGAGUACAAGAUUCAGCUUCCUUGUUUUCCUGUCAGCAGAAGUCAGAAAAUGAAACAGGAAACAGAGCGGAAGAGGAGGGGGUUGGGUAGCAGAGAAGGAAAAGAGAAAUUGCAGGAAAGUACAGCUGAAAAUCUGGAUAAAGUUCCACCUUUACAGGCUGACAGCUGAGCUUUUAAAAAACAUUCUGACUUGUCUUGAGAGACCCCUGACCUUUUUACAAAUAGAUUUUUGAGAGAAUUUGAUGUGGACAGAGGGAACCCUGAGAAUGCAUGUCUUUUUCCCCUUGUGAAUUUACAGAGCAAGGACAGUUCAUUUCUCAGUUUUGUCUUUGCAGAGAGAGUGCUGCUUGGAGCCUCAUGGUGGACUUCUAGAGAUUCAAGUCACAGCCUUAGGACCCAGUCACAAGUGUGCCCCCAGGCUUUGCCACGUUACUCACAGGCCUCUGGAGCUGAGAACAAGUGCGUGGCACUGAAAAACCUGGGGGAAGGGCCAUGAAACUCCAUUUUUUCCCCCUUCUCCAACACACGACUAAAUAUGAUUUGCAUUUUCUCCACCUUGCACACAAAUAUCUGAAGGCAAUUUAGGUCUCAGGGCCUGAAAUGAGUUAUAAAGAGUCGAGAGAUACAGUCCCAGGCCCCCACAGACUGAUGUGGGCUGGUCUUCGCCUGGAGAGGUAGCAACCAUGUCUUUGUUCCCACCCACAUGAGUAGCUGUUGCAGAAGAUAAACCCCUCCCUGAGCCAGGCUGUGGCCAGAGGCUAACCCGGCCCCUGGCUUCGUUUGGAGGGCAGAUAACUGAAACCACAUAAGGCUUUGGAAUCCUGAGAAACAAGAAAUCCACCAACGGAGAAGGAUUUAUCAUCUGUUUCCUUUAAGGAGGGUGCAAAGUUGUUCUAACAGUUUCCGUUACAAGGGUACAAACUGGCCGCUCCCCCCAAUAGACGGUUUUGUUGAGUUCGCCUCUUUUUUUUUCUUCUUUUUUUGGCCCCACUUCCUAUGAGAGAAACUGCUUGGGUGAGGGAGGUGAAAGGAGCCCUGGAGGGUGUUCUCUGAGGUUUUCUUCACCAUCCUCAUUAGCCACCUGAGGUGGGGCUGAGGACUGAAGUAGGACAGAAGGUCUCUGGUAGCUAGAGGAGGGGAAAAUCAGGGGGAUCCCCCACUUUCUUCACACCCAGGACGCAGGGUGCCGCUGCCGGCCACAGAAACCCCAAGAAUGCUUUUCUUUGGCUAUUCAGAGGACAUCUAUUGUGUGCCAGGCCCUGUGCUGAGCUGUUGUUGCCUGACAGCAGGAAGAGCACGGCUCUGGCUUCUGUGAAGAGGCUGCGGGUCAGCCCCUGACUACAAGAGCCUCGGCCCACACCGGGAACUCAGUGAACGUCAGCGGGAACUGGGGCAAGAGCACUGACUCUGAGACAGCAGCCUCGGCUCACUAUUUGAAGGCGGGGUGGCGGGGAGCCUUGAAGGAGAGCGAAGUGCGAGAGAACUCUUCAGGUGUCACCAAGGUGGGAAGGUGCUACGAGGCGAGGCGCCGAGCGGCGGCCCCCACCCCGCUCGCCCGGAGUCAACAUGGCCGCCGCGGAGAGAGGCGGGGCUGCUCCAAGUCCGGGCAGGAGCGGGGCGGGUACGCCGUCGGCGGAGCCAGCGCGCAAGCGCGGGCCACGUGGGCCCCGGAUGGAGGAGCUGAGGUUCGGUCCCCGCCGGGGAGGUCGGGACGGGCAGGGGCUGAGGACCCGGCGCCAGCUUGGGAGCCCCGGAGUUCUGGCGGGAGGGAAGAUGUCAAAUGGAGGCCGGUAGAAAUGAGACAGAGGCCCGGAGAAGCGGGGAGCCCCGCCCCUCCGCCAUAGCAGCCUCGGGCGCCGCCUCUUCCUUUCCAGCCUCCCGCCCUCGCCUGCUUCCGGCUCUGUGGCCUGGUGGGGCUCUGCAGGCUCCCUCGGGAGUGGUCCUUGUGCCGUGGCCCCUCUGGGGUGAGCGUGGAUGAUUAGUACCCAGAAGGGACUGUGUCCAAAAGGAGCCAGCCAGAAACGGGCUGCGGACACGGCUGGGCUGACAGAAGGCAGCCCCUAUCUCGGGAUGGCCCACGAGGCCUUUGGCUCUGAGGACCCUGGGUCAGAGCGACUUCUCCAGCCCGCGCAGGGGGUGUUGGUCUUACCCAGAGGGUCCAGAGCUGCAGUUCAACAGGAUGUCCCAGAUUCUCAGAUAGGGCCCAACUACCUUAAGUAUACCUAGCAAGGGCAGGCUGUGGCAUGGAAGUACUGGGCUAGGCGUUUGGGUGACCUGGGUCAUAAUCCUGGCUCGGAAAGGGCGCAUACCCUUUGGCGAGGGAUGCGGGCUGGUACCGUGAGGUUUAAGAAGCAGAAAACAUGACAGCCUCUUUAAGUAGCCCUGGGUACGUCACUUGACCCCAGUGAGCCUCAGUUUCCAUAUCCAUAAAAUGGCGAUGGUAAUUAUACCGGCCUCACAGUGUCUGAUGAGAUCUCUGGAGCCUAUUUAUCUCACGGGAAAAUUUUUGAAGAGUGAAACUAGUUGAUCUAGGCCUGAGGGAGCUCAAUCCUGGUAGCAACACCUCUGAAUUCCUGGUGGUGAGAGGAUGUGGCCCCAGGACCCAUCCCGGAAGGAGGUACUGAGGUUUGCAGUCAGCUGCCGUAUCCUGACUCUGAUGCUGCAGGCCCUCUUCAAUGCCAUCAUCCCAGAUCACCAUGCAGAAGCCUUCUCUCCUCCUCGCCUGGCCCCCUCAGGCUUUGUGGACCAACUCGUGGAAGGUCUUCUGGGCGGUCUGUCUCGCUGGGAUGCUGAACACUUCUUGUUCAUUGCUGAGCAUGGCUACCUGUAUGAGCACAACUUUGCUUUCUUUCCUGGUUUUCCCUUGGCCCUGCUGGUGGGGACUGAACUGUUGAGACCCUUACGGGGGUUACUGAGUCUACGCAGUUGCCUGCUGAUUUCGGUAGCAUCACUCAAUUUCUUGUUCUUCAUGUUGGCUGCAGUUGCACUUCAUGACCUGGGUUGUCUGGUUUUGCACUGUCCCCGCCAGUCCUUUUAUGCAGCUCUGCUUUUCUGUCUCAGCCCUGCCAAUGUCUUCCUGGCAGCUGGUUACUCAGAAGCUUUGUUUGCCCUCCUGACAUUCAGUGCCAUGGGGCAGCUAGAGAGGGGCCGAGUCUGGACUAGUGGACUCCUCUUUGCCAUUGCCACUGGGGUACGCUCCAAUGGGCUGGUCAGUGUUGGCUUCCUCAUGCAUUCUCAAUGCCAAGGCUUUUUCUCUUCUCUUACGAUGGUGAAUCCUCUGAGACAGCUCUUUAAGCUGAUGGCCUCUCUGUUUCUGUCGGUGUUCACACUUGGCCUUCCCUUUGCCCUCUUUCAGUAUUAUGCCUACACCCAAUUCUGUCUGCCAGCCUCAGCCCGCCCCAUUCCUGAGCCUUUGGUACAGUUAGCUGUAGACAGGGGCUACCGGAUUGCAGAGGGAAAUGAACCACCUUGGUGCUUCUGGGAUGUUCCACUAAUAUACAGCUAUAUCCAGGAUGUCUACUGGAAUGUUGGCUUUUUGAAAUACUAUGAGCUCAAGCAGGUGCCCAAUUUUCUACUGGCUGCACCAGUGGCUAUACUGGUUGCCUGGGCAACUUGGACAUACGUGACCACCCACCCUUGGCUCUGCCUUACACUUGGGCUGCAAAGGAGCAAGAACAAUAAGACCCUAGAGAAGCCCGAUCUUGGAUUCCUCAGUCCUCAGGUGUUUGUGUACGUGGUCCAUGCUGCAGUGCUGCUGCUGUUUGGAGGUCUGUGCAUGCAUGUUCAGGUUCUCACCAGGUUUUUGGGCUCCUCCACUCCUAUUAUGUACUGGUUUCCAGCUCACUUGCUUCAGGAUCAAGAGCCGCUGUUGAGAUCCUUAAAGACUGUGCCUUGGAAGCCUCUUGCAGAGGACUCCCCACCAGGACAAAAGGUCCCCAGAAAUCCUAUCAUGGGACUUUUGUAUCACUGGAAAACCUGUUCUCCAGUCACACGAUACAUUCUAGGCUACUUCCUGACUUACUGGCUCCUGGGACUACUCCUACAUUGCAACUUCCUGCCUUGGACAUGACCUGGACUCUCCAGGGACAGGUUGGAAGCCAACUUAACCCAGGGGUUUGAAAGUAAAAAUGCACAUUGGAACUUCCUCUGCUGCCCUAGGAUCAUUACUGUGUCCAUUAUAAUCUUUCUCUUUCUCUUUGAAAGCUGGUCAGGAAUGGGAGAGGUGUCAGCCACUAGAGAGCCCCUUCUGGUCCUGGCUAGGGCAAAUUUUAGAUAACUAUUUUCUCUGUAAGUGAAGAUUGUCUUAUUCCAAGUCUAAAAUACACCUGGAUCUGUCUAGUCAAUCAACAUAGCAGAGACAGUCUUAAACCUACCAUUGACCUGUGUGUAAAUUUAAAUGUCAAUUUAUUGAAGUGUAAAUUUCAUCAAAGGCAUUAGCUGACAGGCUGGUAACAGUCCACACAAGAUGGUACAGGCCUGAACAGUGUAGUGGCAGUAGUAAAAUGGGACCAUUUUUUCCAAAUGGGACAUUGUUUCUGAUGUAUUUUUUUUAUGAUUUGUGCAUGUAUUUUUAUUUAUAUGAAAAAAAUCUUACAAAGAUAUGCAAAUUAAACUUCUUUCAGUUAUACAUGCAAUGAAUUGCCUUUUUAAAAAUAAUACAGGCCAGGCAUGAUGUUUCACACUGUAAUCCCAGCACUUUGUGAUGCCGAGGUGGGCAGAUCACUUGAGGCCAGGAGUUCGAGACCGGCCUGGUUAACAUGGCAAAACCCCGUCUCUACUAAAAAUACAAAAAUUAGCCGGGCAUGGUGGUACACACCUAUAAUCCCAGCUACUCGGGAGGCUGAGGCAUGAGAAUUGCUUGAACUUGGAAGGCGGAGGUUUCAGUGAGCUGAGUUUGCGCCACUGCGCUCCAGCCUGGGCAACAGAGUGAGGCUCUGUCUCAAAAAAAGUAAAAAAUAAAAAUAAUACAGAUCUUUC